GCCAGCUGCUCUCCAAGACCUGUGAUCUUCCCCUGGUCCUGGCCCAGAGAGAGGUCCUCUGUGAGGAACACUACAUGGAGGUCAGUGUGGAUCAAGACAUGCCUUGUGAGGAUUAUCAUGGCGGCUCCAAGGAGAUCCAGAAAGACGUUCUUUCUCUGGCUCAGAAAACGGCUACAUCUGUCUGGCAGCUGAUGUUUCUGCUGGCAGGAAACAACCUUGCCAUCAUGUCCGCCAGUGAGGCCCGGGGAUUGGGCUACAGUCUUAUGGCCACUCCAAAGAGACUUGUGUUUCGCUCUCCCUACAAACAGCCCCAUAGCCAGCUUGUGCACGUACACGGGGUGCCAGUUGAGGUCAUAAAGUUGGUGCUGUUCUUCCGACGGAAACUGGUUGUGGUCAUGACAGACUUUUCAUUGUCUUGUACAGUCGGUUCUGGAUCAUUCGAUGGGUCAAAGCUACUGUUGGAGACCCCCCAGGUUAUGCCCCCGAUGGUCUGGGCUGGAGAGCGCUUUGAGAGUCGGAGCAUCGUGUUGGGUGUGGAAGGGCGCCUGGUGGACUGGAACACCACUAUAGCCAGAGGCUGGACCGUGACCCAGGAUGGCCCAGUGAUCCAGGUUGGGAUACCCUUCGGAUCAGAAGGGGGCUACAGGCGGAGCAUGGUGGUGAACAACGUCUACAGGGAGACGUACAUCAUCUUCCUCUUCUACGAGCACGUCUUCUCCAUGCUGUAUGACGACGGCAGCGAGGUGGAGACCAGACAGCGACUGGUGAGGGUCCUGGAUACCCCGCUACUCUGCAGACACCCCUUCACCCUCGACCAAACUAUGCCUGCAGAGCGCGUGUUUGACGUGUACAUGGGAAACAUUCCCUUUGACGUGACCUUGGUGGAAGUCAAAAUCAACGACAGGCAUCUGCCCAUUGCUGUGACGCCUGAAUACAGCAUCAAUAGGAUUGUCAAUGCCAACGGCAGCCAAGCCUACACACUACACGUCCCCUUUGACAGCAGGGUAGUGCACAGGAUGCACCUCGACCAUGGACUUGUGCAGUACUCAAUGAGCCUGAACUACACCUUAAUAAUCCUGCCCCAGAGACUAUCGUACUACCACUACUCUUUUGUAUCGACACAACUCGACGACGCAUUUGCUCCAGAGCCCACGGCAGAGUGCACACCGACGGGCAUCACCUUCAGCCUCUGGAAGAGUCCCCAAAUGGAGUUCCUCUGGGAGAUUGGGGUCGGAGCAGAGCCUCUCACUCCGGAGCUGGCUGAGCUUAGGGGGUACAGGCUAUACAACGACACCCAGAGCAUCACCUUGGAAGUCCCCGUCUUCUCCAUUGGUUACACCUACCAAGACAUUAAUCUGCAUGACUUCUAUGGAGUAUUCCAGCUUCUUGUGAGGGAUGCCAAGACACUUGCUCUUCAAUCAAUGCUUUCAGGACGCUGUGUAUUUGAAACAAGGGACCUGAUAGUGUGUUCCCCAGACGGGAUCAUGACAGUGGUCACCACUCCCAGUGUGACCUUGCCAAGAGUGCACCCCGACAGCACCACCCUCCUGGACAGAUCCUGUAGACCGAAACAAACAGACCCGUCCAGAGCUCUGUUUGAAUUCAGUCUCAACUCUUGUGGAACAAGGACGAUGGUGGGCGACACCUUCCUGGCUUACGAGAAUGAGAUCCUUUACCACAGGCGUCUCCUCGCAGACGAAACGGCCCUCAUCUCCAGAGACUCUAAGUUCAAGCUGACCGUGAGGUGCUUCUACCCCCUGAGUACCAUCAGCAGGCUACCUGUAGAGAGAAUCUUCCCGAUGUACACACCAGGACUUGGGUUGAUCCUAGGGACUAAAGGUUCAACCCUGCCUCCCGGGUGUCCAUAUGAGAAUUCUCCAUUUCAUGGUCAUCGAUCAAUCAUCCACGACCCUUGGCCCGGGCAGCAGAGCACCAGCCCCCGGGCCUCCUCUCCAGCUGGGAGAGAUGACCUCCCAUGGUUGACCGACAACUUAUUACCCGUUAGCUUCAAUGCUAACUCCCCAGUAAACGAUGUGGAAACUGUUGACCUCUUCAACCAAAAGAAUGUGGGGUACCUGGACCCAAACAGACCCGCUGGUCAGAAACGGGAGAUGUCAGGUAACGUAGGACCUCACAACCAUACUCACAACCUGCCUCGAGCGAUAAAUGCACUGUCUUCACAAAAGCAGGAACAUAUGAGUAACUCAAACUAUACCGAUCAACCUAUGGGCAAGAGCGCUCUGUACUUCCAAGAGUUCUUCAAGGUGAAAGUCGCUGCCAGAGAAAAAGAGUCUACUACCGCGGUUACCACCAAGCCCCCAGCCACCAACACAACCAGUGCUGUUUCCACCCAGAACUCCCCCAUGACCUCUGCCAGUGUUACUCAGCUGGUCUAACUGAAGCAGACGAUGGAUUGUCUAGAUCCAUGCUACACAUCAAGGAGCCGCUGGUUUCCUACCUGGUUGGAGGACAGGGGGGGGACAAAGGGCUCACUAUGGGCUAAGCACUCCUAGAGGCAUUGAGAGGUAUAAGACUCUUCUUUAGCAUGUUGAGCUUUUCCAAACCUAAGCUGUUUAUGUAAUGAAGAGGCUGAAUAAAUGUAUUUGCUGUAAAGGCUUGUCUAAUCCCGCCUCUCUCCUCAGGUCAGUGUGAAAAAUGUAAAUCCUUCCGUGUCUGAUCCAUCCAAGUGUUCAUUUCAGAAUUGUGUCCUAUUAAACGUGAACUAGAUGUU